AGUUCUGGAGAAGAUCAUGCAGCCACAGUAAAAUUUGGAGGUUACUUUUGUGUCAUGUUCUCUGAGAUACUUUUAUAUUGUUGGUUCGGGCAUAAUGUUAUUGAGAAGAAUGAGGAAGUGUGUUUAGCAGCAUACAGCUGCUCUUGGUACGAUGGAUCAAAAGAAUUUAAAAACAGAAUUUUGUUUAUUAUACUUCGAACUCAGAAAACACUUGCCUUCCAUGGAGGAGUAUUUUAUACAUUUUCAAGAGCUACUUUCUUAUCACAAAGGGUAGUGAAAAAAGUGGAGAAAGAAACUGAACUUUUCCACAAUGUGCUCACAACUUUUUGGAACACUUUUCUCUAUAUUUCUCUAACUGGUCUUUCAAAAUAUUUGCCAAUAUUUUGUAUCCUGCUGCUUGCAUUGUGA